GGGCCAAUUGAAUUGAAGCCCAAAAACAAAGACGACAUAGAAGUGAAGUUCCCCUGCUUGAAUCUACUGAAAGAUGGAAUCCGAACAACAACCGGAAUCAACGAACAAAGAAGAGUUCGACUCGUCGGAGAUAGAGUACGUAAGCUACGCUGGAGAACAUCACCUGCCGUUGAUCAUGAACCUCGUCGAUCAAGAACUUAGUGAACCCUACUCUAUCUUCACUUACCGCUACUUCGUCUAUCUCUGGCCCCAUCUUUCUUUCUUGGCGUUUCACAAAGGUAAAUGUGUGGGCACAGUUGUGUGUAAGAUGGGAGAACAUCGAGCUACUUAUAGAGGUUACAUUGCUAUGUUGGUUGUUAUUAAACCUUAUCGUGGAAGAGGCAUUGCGACUGAACUCGUUACUAGAUCGAUUAAGGUGAUGAUGGAAGCUGGCUGUGAAGAGGUAACGUUGGAAGCAGAAGUCACAAAUAAAGGAGCACUUGCACUAUAUGGACGUCUUGGGUUUAUUAGGGCAAAACGGUUGUUCCGCUAUUAUUUGAACGGUGUUGAUGCUUUUCGACUGAAGUUGUUAUUCCCUUGCCCAGAGAUACACCCAGCGUUGUCUAUGAUGGCGGAAAGAGAUGACAGCCACAUGCAUCAUGAUCACAUGGUGCCAUGAGAAUGUCACCAACCCCAUUAAGGUCGAUUAUGAUCACAUAGCAUAGCA